UAGGUGGCUAGCUACCUCCCCAUCUCCUUCUCCAUUUCCCACAUACCUGCUGCUAGCUUCUUCGCGCGACCUAGCUAGCUUUUUAUUAUCUCAUCAUCCCAGUACAAAUCAGGACGAGAUUAGAUAGACAGAGCCGGCCGGGAAGACCCAAUGGCGUCGCCGCGGCCGAAGGGAGAGUCGUUUGACUUCGAGGAAGCCAUGGGAUCUGCCUCCGCGUCCUACAGCUCCGCGGGAGGCGUCUUUGGCCUCUCCCCGCCGGAGUCCUCGCCACGCGACAGCCGGAAGAGAAGGAAAGACAGACCUUCAUGGGUCAAACAUACCUUCACACCUCAUUUUGACGGUCACUUGUGGAGAAAGUACGGCCAGAAAAAUAUCAAGGACUCUGCCUUCCCCAGGCUGUACUACAGAUGCUCUUACCGUGAAGACAAGCAAUGCCUUGCCUCGAAGCUGGUCCAACAAGAGAACAACGACGAUCCACCGCUAUUCAGGGUCACCUACACGUACGAGCACACGUGCAACGCCGCGCCCGUCCCAACGCCCGAUGUCGUGGCUGAGCUGCCGGCGCCCACCGCUGAUUCGCACUUCCUCAGGUUCGAUUCCACCUGCGCCAGGAACGGAGGUAGGCACCGGAUGGAGCAGCAACGGCAGUACCAGCAGCCUAUGGCGCCUGGGUGGCCGUCAUUGAUGCUCAGCUUUGAUUCCAACAGCCAGCCGCACACGCAUCAUGCGGCCUUCCCUUCCGAGCUGCCGCAGGUGGCGUCGACGUCGACGCCAUUCUCGACGACGGACGGCAUGUUGCAGGCACCUCCGCUGCCGUCCACGUCGAUGACGACCGACGGCGGAGGUGACAGGUUCUCGACGUGGGAAUCGUUGAAAUACGGUCUGAAUGACCAUUUGCACUUCGGCGACAACGGGUAUCUCCCUGACGAUGGUAAUGAUGACAAUUACUGACUGUUACUGCGUUGCUCUUACGUCACAAGCAUAAGUAAACUGUCAUUAUUUGGCCUGGAAUCAAGUAAAGUUCAUACAUAUUCUUCGUGGAGGACAUGCAGAUCGAUGUUUUAUAUACUUGCUCAUUUUAGCUGAAGUGUCACUUCACUAC